CGAGGGCUCACGACGUUAUAUUUCGGACUUUCUCUCUCUAGAUCGUGAAAAUUUCCUCUUUCGAAAGGCGGCUCUCUCUCUAUAUAUAAUAUUUUUAUAUGUAUUGGAUCUGAAAAUCUGUCUUUCGGAGCUUGAAUCGGAUCGAUGCGUAUCGGUCAAUCGAUGCGAGUUGAGAAUUGAAGCCUUAGUAUCGGAAUUCGAUUGCUUUGGAUCGUCGCAUCAACGGAAAUUAGGGUUUUUUGUGUGAUUGGUGAAAUUGGGAUGAUCGGAGGAUGGUACGAAGGCGAUCUAGGGUUUUUGUACGGCGUGAAUUGAUGAAUUUCUAGGGUUUUCUCUCUUGUUUUGGCGGAAUUAGGUUGGGGAUUGAUGGUUCUCGGUGGGGACGAAGCUAAAAUUGGGGAAGAUGCAAGGCUAUUAUGCAUGGGCGGGAAGGUGAGAAGAGGAAACAGGGUUGGCACAUGUGGUCGGUCCCCUCGCGUGGCAAGACAACGACCAGGACUGUAGACAGUGAUUCUAUAGCAUCUACAGCUGAUUCCUUCUGCAAGGGUGGACGCAAAAUUAGAGUUGGUGACUGUGCUCUUUUUAAACCGCCCCAGGACUCCCCACCAUUCAUUGGAAUAAUUCGUUGGCUGACAUUAAAUAAAGAAAACAAUCUACAAUUACGUGUGAAUUGGCUUUAUCGACCCGCUGAAGUGAAGCUUGGCAAAGGCAUCCUGCUGGAAGCCGCGCCAAACGAAGUCUUCUAUUCCUUUCAUAAGGAUGAGAUUCCUGCUGCAUCGCUACUCCAUCCGUGCAAAGUUGCAUUCCUUCCUAAAGGUGCUGAACUUCCUUCAGGGACAUCCUCAUUUGUUUGCAGGCGAGUUUAUGACAUUGCAAACAAGUGUUUAUGGUGGCUAACUGAUCAAGAUUACAUUAAUGAGCGACAGGAAGAAGUAGAUCAGCUGUUACAUAAAACACGAAUAGAAAUGCAUGCAACAGUGCAGCCUGGUGGCCGUUCUCCAAAACCAAGUAAUGGUCCAACAUCAACAUCACAGUUAAAAUCUGAUUCAGAUGAUGUACAGAGUGCCACUUCCUUUGCCUCUCAAGCCAAGGGAAAGAAGAGGGAGCGGUCAGAACAGAGCUCUGAACCUCUAAAGCGAGAACGUGCUUCAAAAACAGAUGACAUUGAUUCUGGUCAGUUAAAACCAGAAAGCAUUUUGAAAUCAGAGAUUGCUAAAAUAACAGAAAAAGGAGGGCUGGUAGAUUCUGAAGGUGUUGAGAAACUGGUUCAACUCAUGCAGCCUGAUAGAGCAGAGAGGAAAAUGGAAUUAAUUUGCAGAUCAAUGCUUGUAGGUGUGAUUGCAUCUACUGAAAAUUUUGAUUGCCUUACUUGGUUUGUGCAGCUCAGAGGUUUGCCUGUAUUAGAUGAAUGGCUCCAAGAUGUUCAUAAAGGAAAAAUUGGUGAUGGUGGUAGCCCCAAGGACGGUGAUAAAUCUGUGGAAGAAUUUCUUUUUGUUUUACUGCGUGCACUGGAUAAGCUGCCUGUUAAUCUUCAUGCCUUACAAAUGUGUAAUAUUGGCAAAUCUGUGAAUAAUUUACGUACGCAUAAAAAUUUGGAAAUCCAGAAGAAGGCAAGAAGUUUAGUUGACACAUGGAAGAAACGUGUCCAGGCUGAAAUGAAUAUUAUUGAGGCAAAGUCUGGUUCAACUCAGGCAGUUUCAUGGUCUUCCAGAUCACGUAUUCCUGAAGUUCCUCAUGGUGGGAACAGACAUCCUGGAGGGUCUUCUGAGGUUGCAACGAAGAGCUCAGUCACACAGCUCUCUGCUGCAUCUAAAACUGCUUCAGUUAAGCCUUUACAGGUUGAAAUUACUGCUGUGUCUGCAUCAUCGUCUCCUGGCACAACGAAAUCAGCGCUAUCACCUCCGUCAGGUAAGGAUGGUCAACCCAGGUAUGCAGCUGGCAGUACCUCUGAUCUUCCUUCAACAAUGGCAAGGGAGGAGAAGAGCAGCAGUUCUAGUCAGUCUCACAACAACAGUCAAUCUUGUUCAAGUGACCAUGGCAAAACUAUAGUUUUUUCGGGAAAGGAGGACGCAAGAAACUCUACUGCAGGGUCAAUGAGUGUGAACAAGUCCUCAGGUGGUGGUUCUCGACAUAGGAGAACAAAUAAUGGUUUCCCAGUGCCCGCUGGCACCGGAGUUUCAAGGGAAAGUGGAUCAAACAGUUCUCUGCACAGAAAUUCAGAAAGAACAUCACAGUCUGCAUUAACUUGUGAAAAGGCACUUGAUGUGCCCUUUGUGGAAGGCAGCAGUCACAAGCUGAUUGUUAAGAUACCAAACCGGGGUCGCAGUCCAGCACAAAGUGCCAGUGGGGGAUCCUUUGAGGAUCCAACCAUCAAGAACAGUAGAGCUUCUUCUCCUGUGCUUUCUGAGAAGCAUGAUCAAUUUGAUCGCAAUUCAAAGGAAAUGAAUGAUACUUAUCGAGCUAAUGUUACCUCUGAUGUGAAUACCGAGUCAUGGCAAAGCAAUGAUUUCAAAGAUGUACUGACUGGGUCUGAUGAAGGUGAUGGAUCGCCUGCUGCUGUUCCCAAUGAAGAGCGAUGUAUGGCUGGUGAUAACAUUAGGAAACCAGUAGAAGUCUCAAAAGUUGCUUCCUCAUCAUCGGGAAAUGAACUGAAGUCAGGGAAACUGCAUGAGGCUUCUUUCAGCUCGAUAAAUGCUUUAAUUGAAAGUUGUGUCAAAUAUUCUGAAGCGGAUGCAUCCAUGUCAGUUGCGGAUGAUGUUGGAAUGGAUCUGCUUGCUAGUGUGGCUGCCAGUGAAAUGUCCAAGUCAGAUUUUAUUUCACCAACUGAUUCUCCACACAGAAAUACCCCCAUAGCUGAUGACUCUUCUACAGGCGAUGAUGUCAAAGCGAAAUCAUCACGGGUAGAUGCCAGUGCUCAAGACCAAAGCCAGUUUAUUGUUGGCAUUGUUGAGAAGCAGGGUGUUAUUGCUGCCACUUCAUGCUCUGAAGAUGGAUUACAUCGUCUAUCUAAACUUGCAUUAGCUGACUUCUCUGCAGACGGAAAAUCCACCUCUUCCUUGCCCGGGGAGAUACCAGCAGGAGAAGACAAUGUGCAUUCUGAUUUUUCCAUUGUGGAUUUGAAACCUUCUGCAGUCCCGUGCUCUGAGACCAAUGAAAAACCUGAAGAAAUGAAAGGUGCUGCUUCUGUUGCUCUGCCCCUUGCCAGCACAACUGAGAAGGUAAUGGAUGGUGAAGGAAGCAAAGAGCUUUAUGAGACAAAGGCAGCCAUCACUAGCGUUAGUGUUAGUGGCACUAAACUUAAGGGAAGCAGUUCUUUGUCUACCAAUAAGGUGAAUGAGGUUCUUGCAAGUGUAGAAGUUGUGAUGCCUACUGUUGGAGAUUCAUCAUUACUCUCAGAAAAUAACAAGGACAACAAAAAUGUGGACAAAGUGUUGAACAGUGUUUCCUAUACAGAACAGAAGCAAUCUCCAGUUUUGAUGCAUCCAGGGCGUGUAGAAAAAUCUGAUAAGGAACUGCUGUGUCCUGCUGAUUCAGGUUCUGGUAAAGAUCUGACUCCAGGAAGUAUUAAUGAAUUCAAGACAGGAAAAGCUGAUGAAAUGGACAGCGGGAAUCACAUUAAUCAGAAUGCAAAAGAAAAGACCAAUCAUGAAACCAGCGAUUCUCCAACUAUUGAAUGCAAAGUUGGUGUGGAAUCAGCUGUAACUGAUCAAAAGAAUGAGUGUAUGGAGUCAACUUUUGAAAGUAAAGAGGUCGCUGAGCAUCAUUCCGGUGGAACAGUUCCUCACAAAGAGCCACCUGCACUUUCUGCCCUAGGAACUGAGCAGCAUAUGAGGCCUAUGGGAUCUAAGUUGACUGGCGCUGAAGCAGAUGAAACAGAGGAAUGCAGAUCCAACGUGGAAGAUACUUCUGAUCCUGCUGCAGGGACAUCAGAUAUGGAUUCAAAGGCAAAAUUUGAUUUGAAUGACAUUGCGGAUGAUGGAAAAUAUGGGGAGCCAAUGAACUUGGCAAUCCCUGGGUGUUCAGCACCUGUUCAUUUAAUUACCUCAUUGCCUUUUCCUGUUUCUUCAUCAUCCAGUGGGCUUCCUUCUUCCAUAACUGUGGCUGCUGCUGCAAAAGGCCCCUUUGUUCCUCCAGAGGAUCUAUUGAGGAAUAAAGGGGAACUUGGAUGGAAGGGGUCUGCAGCCACAAGUGCAUUUCGCCCUGCUGAGCCCAGGAAGGUAUUGGAGAUGCCUCUGAGCACAACUAGCAUCUCUCUUCGUGAUGCUACUGCCAGCAAACAUGGUCGUCCUCCAUUAGAUAUUGAUCUGAAUGUGCCAGAUGAAAGAGUUCUUGAGGACAUGGCUUCUCGAAACACAGCUCAGGAGACAGGUUCUACAUCUGACCAUAUAAAUAACUAUGAUUUGGCACGAAAUGAUCUGAUGUGUUCUGCCCCUCUACGCAGCACUGGAGGACUUGAUCUUGAUUUGAAUCAAAUUGAUGAAGCUAAUGAUAUGGGACAGUAUUCAACUAGCAGCAGUCAUAGAGUGGAAGCACAGCUCUUGCUUGUCAAGUCCCCAUCUUCAAGUGGAUAUGCUAAUUGUGAGGUAAGGAGGGACUUUGAUUUAAACAAUGGUCCGCUGCUUGAUGAAGGAAGUUCUGAACCAUCAUCAUUCAACCAGCAUGGCAGGAGCAGCAUGCAAUCCCAGGCCCCUGUCCCUGGUCUUAGAAUGAAGAAUGCAGAAACUGGACACUUUUCUUCAUGGUUUCCCCGCGGGAGCAUCUAUACAGAUGUCACAAUUCCAUCAAUGUUACCUGACAGGGGGGAUCAGCCUGUUCCUAUUAUUGCAACUGGUGGGCCACCUAGAAUGUUGGGACCCCCUAUUGGUGGGACUCCAUUUACUCCUGAUGUUUAUCGGGGUUCUGUUUUGUCAUCUUCUCAUGCAAUGCCCUUCCCAUCUUCUCAUUUCCAGUAUCCUGUCUUCCCUUUUGGGAACAGUUUUACUUCACCCUCGGCCACUUUCUCAGGUGGAUCAACCACAUAUAUGGAUUCCUCAUCUGGUGGGAGGCUUUGUUUUCCUCCCGGUAAUUCACAGCUACUAGGACCUGUUGGUGGAAUCUCAUCCCAGUUCCAAAGGCCUUAUGUUGUUAGCCUUCCAGAAGGUAGCAAUAAUGUUGGUGGUGAGAGCAAUAGAAAAUGGGGUAGGCAGGGUCUUGACCUAAAUGCAGGCCCUGCGAGUAUGGAUGUAGAAGGGAGAUUUGAUUCAUUGCCUUUAGCAUCAGGGCAACUUUCUGUUGCCAGUUCACAGGUACUAGCAGAGGAGCAGGCAAGGAUGUAUCAGAUGGCAGGUGCUGCGGCUUUGAAGAGGAAAGAGCCUGAGGGAGGGUGGAAUUCUGAGGGCUUUAGGUACAAGCAAUCUUCAUGGCAGUAGGGAUGCGUGCACCAGAAUCUGGUGUGCCCUUAAAGCUUGUUCUUUGAGGAUGGGCAGUGGCUAACUCCUGCAAGUUGUCUAACUGGUGUGCCCUUGGAGGAUGGGUGGUAAUUGAGUUAUUAGAUGUGUUCAUAGUCUCUGACUCCCACCUUGCUGAAUCAAUUGUAUCUUAGAGAAUCUUUAAUGGGAUUUGCAAUCACUCUUUCCCAUGGAAUCCUUUCUGGGUGGCUGCAGAUCAGUUUCCCCCUUGUAGAUAUCUAACCGCUGGAAAGCUUGCAGUCUGCACUUCCCAGAUGCUCGAAAUUUGUACCUGUUCAGUUCCAGUGCGUUGUUUAUACAUACCAUGGGACUCGACACCAUCCCUUGUCCAAACUUUCUAGCAAUGCUUCAAGCGGAAGGCACUUUAUGUGCUUUGCUGUUAAUUUAUACUCAUUUCUCUCCCUUUUUUUUUUUUUUUUUCCCCCUUCUUCCCAGUUACGCAUAUAUAAGCAUGGUGGCCACCUGAGUAAUUGGUAAUUGAGCUUUUCUUGAUUUGGCAUGGUUAUGGCUGCUGUUGUAUUUUAAUUUGAUUCUAUCUUUUAACCUAGUUGGUAAGUCUCAUCCGCCACCAUUUGAAUUUCUGGCGCGGGUUUUUUCAAUCCAUGUUCAUAUUGAAGAUGUCAAUGUCAGUUCAUAUAAACACAACUACUUUUUCCCUAAUAACAUUGUUAUGUUCAACCAAA